AUGGCCAAGUUAGAUCCGGACAAUUGGAAGACUGCCAAAGAUGUCAUGGAUGAGAGAGCAGCAGCCGCCCUGAAACGAAAACGGAAUGACGAAGACGAUGAUGUCGGACACACUUCAGAUGCCUCAAAUCUAGAAACGUCGCAGCCCAUGCAGGAGGAACAAAGUCAAAAUAUCAAGAAGCGGAAACUCGAGAAAAGGUCAGGGAAACAGGGGCAAUUAGAAACCCAGCAGCCAGAGACAGAAGAACAGAAAAAGGAACGGAAAGCGUUACAAAGAGCAGCAAAAAGAGAGCGUAAGCAGGAUGCCAAAGCCAAAGCCAAAGCCAAAUUUGAAAGGCAACAAGAAAAGAAAAACAAAGCGAGCAUCGAAAACCAGCCAACAUCGGGCUCCACAAAGACGCAGGAUGAUCUAAAGCUGAAAAGUCCCCUCGACCUGGGAACCCCGCUCACGACGAAAGACUCGGUCUUCGAUGAUGAAGCAGCGACAGCGUCCUCGUCAGAAGAUGAUCAUGCAGAAGUCUUUUCUCCCCCACAAGAAUCAGGAACGUCAUCUACCUCAUCGACAUUACCACCAUCCGAAGAUCCAAUCAAGAUAACUGCCGCUGCUGCUCCAAAAAGUGAUAUUUUAUCAAGUACUUCAGGCGCAGAACAGAGCCCGCGUGAGCGGUUGCAAGCUGCAAUCUCACAGCUACGCGCCGAACGUAAAGCUGGUGGUGGUGAUGGACAGACUCCCAAGACUCGGCAGGAAUUGCUGGAUCAGCGACGGCGGAAGGAAGAAGACCGGAAGGCUGCAAAGAAAGAGCAAAAACGCAGAGAGAAGGAGGAGGAAGCACGGCGCCAGGAUGAAGAGAUUGCGCGACGUUUCUCUCCUGGAGGAUCAGGCUCUUUGCUUGCAUCACCAAGGUCCCCCAUGAUCGGCGACAAUUCCUCAAGUUCAAACAUCAAUAACAACUUCAGUUUUGGAAAAAUUGCUUUCGAUGAUGGCACCCAGGUCAACCCUUCCAGUUCCGGAGUUCUUGAACGGCGCACAGGGAAAGCUACUGCUGACACUGCUUCGGCGCUGAAAGCAGCACAGACCAAGAAAAGCAGAUUGGCCGGGAUGGAUGAAGAGAAGCGCAAGGAGAUUGAACAGAAGGACAUGUGGCUCAACGCAAAACGGCGUGCUCAUGGAGAGCGUGUCCGCGACGAUACAAGUUUGUUGAAAAAGGCCCUGAAGAGACAACAGGGUCAAAAGAAAAAGAGCGAGAAAGAAUGGCACGAUAGACUCGAAGGUGUACAAAAGGCUCAGGAAGUGAGACAGAAGAAGCGAAAUGAGAACCUGACCAAGCGAAAGGAUGAGAAAAAGUCUGGAAAAGGCAAGAAAGUCAAACGGCCGGGUUUUGAGGGCAGCUUCAAGGGGAGAACGGGUGGAAAGAAGCGGUCAUGA